AUGCAUCCCGCCGAGACCUUCAAGCCAGGUCAGCGUACCCACUUCGACGACCUACCACAGGAGAUAAGAGACAUUGUGCACCGUCUCCUGAUCCCAGACCGCGUCACCAUCCGCUCCCAUCACUACCACACCGACGCGAAUGGCGCACCAGCAUCAAUCGACGGUAUCGAGUUGCUGAACAAAGCAGACUGGCAGCUGGUGCGCUCAAUGCAGCUCGUUAGCCGAGAUUGGAACUACAGCGUCAAAGUCGAGAUGAGCCGCGUCGCUUUGUCCAACAUGCCCAUUAUCCUAUUCCUUGACCUGAUCAGUCACCCGCACUACGGCGCUGAAACAGUGAUGCCUGUCGCGCCAGGUUUGGUGCCCACCUUCAUCGCAAACACAGCAUCCUUCUUCAGCUUCUUCAAGUUUGAGAGGAUGAAGACUGCAGUGCCGUUCAUCUUGGUGGACUAUCGACGAAAUCCUGUUGCGACCAACUUCAACCAGCAGGUCUGGGACGCGCAGCUGAGGACUGGAUUUCCAAAUGAUGAUCAUCUGUACGGCGAGAUCAUUAUGGACUUCACGACCUGCAAAUACAGUGGGGUGCCAGAAUGGUGCUCGGACAUUGAGCUGAACGUACUGAACCGGGACCCAGGCUUCACGAGGCAAUGGUCCUUCACGGGCGAACUCUUCGGCGACAUGCAUGACAUGCAAGAGCAGGCGCUGCAACAAGGACUCUCGGUGGCUGCUAUCAACGAGACUCAGCAGGGCAUCAUCAAUCUGUGGGACGCCAACAACGGGAUUUGCACGACUGGCGAUGCGGAGAAGUGGUUGUUGUACGACCCAAAUUUAGCCAUUGAUGCUUCAUGCCGUGGCGACUACCGUGGCGAGUACGUUCUGCCAUGUGUCGACCUGAACACUCCGGCAAGCAUAGAUGGUGUGUACAAGAUGCGGGAUUCGUGGUCGGGCUGGAGGACCGGAAGGAUUUUGAGGGAGUUGGAGGAUUGA